GUAUACUGUUAUGCUCUUGUCUACUUUGUAUUACUCUAGCUAGACAGCAUGGAUAUGGUUAGAUUCACAACAAAUAUGAAUCAUUAAAAUAUUUAUUUUUAUUUUUAUUAUUAUGUGGAAAGUUCUCUUCUCUUUAGCUAAUCAAUACGCUGAAAAAAAAGUCUUUUUACAAACUCAUCAUUGAAUUUUUUGUAUGAAGUAGAAGACCUUCUUUGCCUCCCUCUGACUUAUUUUCUUCCUCACUCUUUCUCUCUCUUCUUUUUCUCUCUACUUUCUCUCUCUUCAUUUUGUUUUAAAUUACUAUAUAUACAAAUAUAUCCACUUUGUCCAAAGGCUCCAAAGUCUUCCAUAUUUUUCAAAAGCCACUAAGACCUUCCAUUCACAAUUUUUCUCUCCUCCCAAAAAAAAACAAAAAAAAAAAAAAACAAAUUAAACAAGAUUUUUUUUUUUUAAUUUAUUAUAAUUAGAUUAGAAAAGAUAGAAAAAAAAAAAUGGGAAGAGCACCAUGUUGUGACAAGGCAAAUGUGAAGAAAGGGCCUUGGUCUCCUGAAGAAGAUGCUAAACUCAAAGAUUAUAUUGAAAAAUUUGGCACUGGUGGUAAUUGGAUUGCUCUACCUCAAAAAGCUGGUUUAAAGAGGUGUGGGAAAAGCUGCAGAUUAAGAUGGCUUAAUUACUUAAGACCCAAUAUUAAACAUGGUGAAUUUUCUGAUGAAGAAGAUAGGAUUAUUUGCAGCUUGUAUGAUAGUAUAGGAAGCAGGUGGUCAAUAAUAGCAGGUCAAUUACCAGGAAGGACAGACAAUGAUAUCAAGAAUUACUGGAAUACCAAGCUUAAGAAGAAACUUAUGGGAAACAUUAUCACUAAUACCCCUAAUUUAAACAUUAUUAAUCAGAAAAAAUUUACUAAUAAUAAUUUUAAUCCUAUGUUUCAAAAUCAUCACUACCCUUCUUCACUUUCAUCACCAUCCUCCUUGUUAUCACACGGGGUUUUGCCGCCUUCGUCGUCUUCAUACCCCAUCACCAUGUCUUUCUCUGAAGGGUGUUCAAAUGUUAACAACAAUACCCUAAUUCUCAUGCAAAAUUAUCACCAGCAUCAUCAUCAAGUAGUAAAAGACAAUAGUACCCUUCUCGUAUUUGGUAAUGAUGAAACUAUUGAUCGUCAACAACAGCAACCAGCUAGUUGUAGUUCUGAUGGGAGUGGGACUAUUACUCAGAUAACUAAUCAAGUGAAGCUCGAAGAUAAUCGACAAAACUACGGGGGGUUUUACUCUAAUCAGGUUGUUAAUCAUAAUCAAGAGGACGAUCAAGCGAAGGUGUUAUUGAUGGAAGAGCAGAAGCCAUCGUCGGCCACCACCGGUGUUAAUACUGGUGUGUUAUGGGGGCAAAAUGGUCAAAAUACUACUCCUGCUGGUGGAACUACUACUUCAUUGUUAGAUAAUUAUGGUUUAGAGGAGAUCAAGCAGCUAAUUAGUUCUAAUUACAGCUUUGAUGAAACCAAAGCAGAAGAAAAAGACAUGACCAAGGUGAUGUACUAUUAUUAUUGAUAUCAUAAAUCAAUAUUAAAUCAAAAAUUAUUAUUUUUAGAUCGGGUUUUAUUCA